AUGUUGUUGUCUGCUAAAAUAAUAAUCAGAGAUCCUUGCAAAAAGAACUACCAGGGAGAGGGGAAAACUAAGGAUUCGAGCUUUUUGAAAUUAAUUUUACACUUUGAGGCAUUUACAACUGCGGACCGUUUUAUUAUAUACCGAGAAACUGUCACUUCCUAUGAAGACCUUGGCCUGUUUGCAUUUGGAUCAACUGGAAAGGUCCUUGUUGCAACUACAAUAAUUAUCCAGAAUAUUGGAGCUAUGUCAUCUUAUCUUUUAAUUGUUAAAUCUGAACUUCCUGGUGCUGUUGCGGGGUUCUUAAGUGGAGACGAGAGUGGGUCUUGGUACCUUGAUGGGAGACUGCUGCUACUGAUUACUUCAGUCUGCAUUGUUUUUCCUCUCGCGCUUCUUCCUAAAAUUGGCUUUCUUGGCUACACAAGUAGUUUAUCAUUUUUCUUUAUGGUGUACUUUGCUCUUGUGAUUAUGAUAAAAAAAUGGUCGAUCCCUUGUCCUCUACCUCCAAGUAGUGCCAUAGAGACUUUACAGGUUUCAAAUUCUACUGGGGAUUGUAAAGCAAAGCUCUUUCAUCUUUCAAAAGAGGAGAGAAAAGUAGCAAAUAUGGUUCCAUCAUCAAUGUCAGUACAUUGUCCUGACCUGAACAAUCUGGAGAAAAAAGGUCAUUUGCUCAGUCCAUCCAAAAGUAGAAUGCAGAAUGUAACUGUGACAGGAAUUGGUCUGAGUUUCGUAAUUUACUUUAUGUCUGCUCUGUUUGGGUACCUGACAUUUUAUGACAAAGUGGACUCUGAAUUGCUACAGGGUUACAGCAGGUACCUGCCACAUGAUAUUGUCAUCAUGACUGUUAAAGUAGCCAUACUGUUUGCUGUGCUUUUGACAGUCCCUCUAAUCCAUUUCCCAGCGAGGAAAGCUGUAUUGAUGGUAUUUUUCUCUCAUCUUCCUGUGUCGUGGAUUUGCCAUAUCCUUGUCACUUUAACACUGAAUACAAUUGUUGUUUUGUUUGCAAUGUACGUGCCAGACAUUAAAAAUGUAUUUGGAGUAGUUGGUUCAACCACAUCAACAUGUUUGCUUUUUGUAUAUCCUGGACUCUUUUAUCUUAAACUUAGCAGAGAGGACUUUUUAUCACCACAGAAACUUGGGGCAUGUGCAUUGGUUAUUUUUGGCAUUUGUGUUGGCCUUCUCAGCUUAGUUCUAAUAAUUUUGAAUUGGAUUGAUCAAUAGCAGCCUAUUGUCAGUGUCUGAACUGAGCUUCAGAAGGACAGCAAGAACCAGAGACGCGUCAAAACUACUGAAAUGAACGCUGGACAUCCUAAAGAAGGCACUGACGGAAGCUGUCUACGGAAGAAAUAAUGCUCUUUUUCACUGCGU